AUGGACGGCGUUUCUAUCAACGGCCAGGAGCCUCCUCCUGCUCCCCUAGCAGAUGCGCCCCCUCCGCCACCGCCGAUGGAGUUGGACGGUGUUGCUCCUCCGCCUCCAGCAGAUAUAGAGCCGCCUCCGCCACCUGGAGAGGCAUACCCUCCUCCUCCCCCGCCUACGCCCGCGAGUAGCAGUGAUGGUGUCGUCAAAAAGAAUAAAUCCGGCUGGGGUUCCUCGGGCAAAGCUGCUGCUGCAAAACCGCUGAGUGUGGAAGAGUUGCUGCGGAAGAAGAGAGAGGCCGAUGCGGCUGCUUCAAAGCCCAAGUUUCUUUCGAGAGCGGAACGUGAGCGCCUCGCAUUAGAGAAACGCACCAAAGAGGUCGAAGCGGAGCGACGCGCGAAAAUCGAGCAGAGUCGACCGACGAACGGCCAAAAUACCUCGAAUACAGGAAAUGGAGUUUCGAAAAAUGGCGAUUCUGCUUCUAGAUCUAUUCCAACCGGACCCCGAGCUUUGCGCACUGGUGAUAAUAUCCCGACGGGACCUGCUGCUAUGCGAAAUGGACAGUCGAACAACAACAAUAGAGACUACGAUAUGUCGCCGCCGCCGCCGCCGAAACGCAUUGCCUUUGGGAAAAAUGACUCGAAAGGGAAAAAGCCCGCGAUUUCAGAAGAAGAGGCAGAGAAUGCGUUGAUUCGACAACGGUAUAUGGGCGCAGACCAAACAUCGAACUUCUCGGCGAAGAAGAAACGCAAGCGCACUACGGAGAGGAAAUUCAAUUUUGAAUGGAAUGCAGAGGAGGAUACGAGCGGCGACUAUAAUCCUUUGUAUCAGCACAAGGCAGAGGCCAAUUUCUUUGGGCGGGGUCGUCUUGCUGGCUUUGGAGAAGAUGCUGUGGAUAGCGCUACGAAGAACUAUGUCAAGGCCAUUGAAAUUCGCGACCAAGAAGCUGGCUCGGCUCGCGCUAGGGAGAUAUUGGAGAUGGAGCGGCGGCGAAAGGAAGAGAGCAGUCGGGGUGCUAUCGACAAGCACUGGAGCGAGAAACGCCUCGACCAGAUGCGCGAACGAGACUGGCGAAUCUUCAAAGAAGACUUCAACAUCAGUACGAAGGGUGGAAGCAUACCGAAUCCGAUGCGCUCAUGGGACGAGUCCAAUUUACCUUCACGCUUGCGGGAUAUCAUCAGCCAAGUCGGUUAUACUGACCCAAGCCCCAUCCAGCGCGCAGCCAUUCCGAUUGCACUGCAGUCACGCGACCUCAUCGGUGUGGCUGUGACGGGUUCAGGUAAGACGGCGGCUUUCUUGCUCCCGUUGCUGGUUUAUAUUGCUGAGUUGCCCCGGCUUGAUGAGUUUGAAUGGCGGAAGAACGAUGGCCCAUAUGCGAUCAUCCUAGCACCAACCCGUGAAUUGGCACAGCAGAUCGAAAUUGAAGCCAAGAAAUUCUCCAAGCAACUCAACUUCAACGUUGUCAGUAUCGUCGGUGGUCACUCGCUGGAAGAACAGGCGUACAGUAUACGGGAUGGCGCCGAGAUUAUCAUCGCGACGCCCGGUCGUUUGGUCGACUGUCUGGAACGACGGAUGCUGGUGCUGUCACAAUGCUGUUACGUUAUUAUGGACGAAGCAGAUCGAAUGAUUGAUCUUGGCUUCGAGGAACCCGUCAACAAGAUCCUCGAUGCUCUGCCGGUGACUAACGAAAAGCCCGAUACGGAAGAGGCAGAGAACGCGCAGGCCAUGAGCCAGCAUAUCAGUGGAAGAGACAACCGGUACCGCCAGACGAUGAUGUACACGGCCACGAUGCCGUCGGCCGUUGAACGGAUCGCACGGAAAUACCUACGGCGGCCUGCGAUUGUCACGAUCGGCAACGUUGGCGAAGCCGUGGACACAGUCGAGCAACGGGUCGAAUUUGUCUCGGGCGAGGACAAAAAGAAGAAGCGCCUUGGCGAUAUCCUCAUGUCCGGGCAAUUCAAGCCGCCCAUCAUUGUUUUUGUCAACAUCAAGCGAAACUGUGACGCUGUCGCCAAGGAUAUCAAACACCUGGGCUUCACGUCAGUCACGCUGCACGGUAGCAAGACGCAGGACCAGCGUGAGGCGGCCCUGGCGUCGGUGCGCAAUGGCAGCACGGACGUCUUGGUUGCGACCGAUUUGGCUGGCCGUGGUAUCGAUGUGCCGGAUGUUAGUUUGGUGGUCAACUUCAACAUGGCGAACAAUAUCGAAAGCUACACGCAUCGUAUCGGUCGUACCGGUCGUGCUGGCAAGAGUGGUGUCGCCAUUACCUUCCUGGGUAAUGAAGAUACCGAUGUGAUGUACGAUCUGAAGCAGAUGCUCGCCAAGUCUUCCAUUUCUCGAGUGCCCGAAGAACUACGCAAGCACGAAGCGGCACAGUCCAAGCCGGCUCAGAGAGGCGGGGGCUCCCGGCCAAAGAACGAGGAGUCUAGCGGUUUUGGAGGCAAGGGGGGUUGGUGA